AUGCCAUCAGCCAUGCUCAGCCCGCCCUCCCCACUCGAACACCUCAAGGACCGCCUCGACGUCCCCAGGACUCCCUCACCCGCACACGGGACCAUCAAGCACAACGACCUCGGGUACCGGAAAGCCUCAUUCGCAGGCAAGGACAAGCACAAGGAGGCCGUCGUCGACAUUGUCGCCUCGAACGGAUUCCUCCCUGAGCUCCUCGUCCAGCCAGAAGUCGACUGGUUCUACAGCCAGCUCGGAAUCGACGACGGGUACUUCUCCCUCACCAGCCCGCAAGAAGUCGCAGACCAUGUCGAGAGUCUGUAUGGCGCCAAGGUGCAGGCGCACGCGAGCCACCAAGAUUACCUCGAGAUCAAGCUCGAGAAGGAGGGCGACAGCUCGGCCGUCUACAUCUUCACCUCUCCGCCAGGCGUCUCGCUUGCCAACGGCCCUCAGUACGAGCAGCGCAUCGACAGCCAAUACCUCGACAACUCGAACCCGACGGACGCAUGGCGCCUCGAGUCGUACCGCGCCGUCCCUCCCGUGACGACCAACGGCGACGACGCGAACGGCCACGCGCCCAUCGAGAGCGUCGCCGCCCAGCUCCGCUCGUACUUUGUCUCCAAGUGCGACUUUGUCGACACCAAGCUCGACGAGCAGGAACUCGUCAAGCCCGGCGUCAACAUUCGCGAGGUCGGAGACAAGACUUUCCUCGAGAAGGCGACCGACAACACGCUCGAGAUUUACCAGGAGUUGAUGGACGAGGCGCUGCGCAGGAUGGGCCCCGUUGUCGCGGCGUACGACGUCGAGAACAGCCGCGAGCGCAGGAUCGUCCUCGCGUACAAGCAGGGCGGCACCCGCAGCUUCUUCUCCGCCUUGUCCGACCUCUACCAUUCGUACGGGUUCUACUCGACCCGCAAAUACGUUGAGAAUCUCCGCAACGGCGUCACCAUCAUCUCGCUCUACCUCCACCCUCUUCAGGGCAUCCCCAACGAGGGCAACAUCCUCCAGAUCAUCAAGGAGUCGUCUCUCAUCUACGUUCUUCCCAACAACCCGCUCUUCACCGGUUCGCAGCUGUCGGUCCAGGAGUCUACCUACGCCUACUCCGCCUGGGUCUUCGCGCAGCACUUCUUGAACCGCCUCGGUCCCUCUUACGCUGCGCUCAAGAACAUCCUCGACGAGAACGACUCGGUUCAGGCCGGCGUCCUCUCCGACAUCCGUGCGCGCUUCCGUCAGGAAACCUUCACGCGCGCCAGUAUCCUCGAGUGCCUGCAGCAGUACCCGGACGUGAUUCGUCUCGCGUACAUCAGCUUCGCCUACACGCACUACUACUCGAACUACGGCAACAACCUCGUCCCGACGCUCUCGUAUGCCCGCCUCCAGACCGCCGAAGUCCUCACCUCGGACCAACUCAAGGCUCACAUCCGCAAGAACGUCCUCAACAAGCACGAUGCCCAGAUCCUCGAGAGCCUCGUCACCUUCAACAACGCGAUCCUCAAGACCAACUUCUUCACCAGCACCAAGGUCGCCCUCUCGUUCCGCCUCGACCCCGACUUCUUGCCCGAGUCCGAGUACCCCGUACGCGCGUACGGGUUGUUCCUUGUGGUCGGCGAUGGGUUCCGCGGCUUCCACCUUCGCUUCAAGGACGUCGCUCGUGGCGGUCUCCGCAUGAUCAUGUCGCGCAACCGCGAGGCGUACUCGGUCAACCAGCGCAGUCUCUUCGACGAGGUCUACGGUCUCGCUUCGACCCAGGCGCUCAAGAACAAGGACAUCCCCGAAGGCGGCUCGAAGGGCGCUAUCCUUCCCGACCUCGGCGCCAACCCCCAAACUUGCUUCUGCAAGUUUGUCGACUCGAUCUUCGACUUGCUCCUUCCCGGACGCACUCCGGGCGUCAAGGACAAGAUCAUCGACCUCUACGGCAAGGAGGAGAUCCUCUUUUUCGGUCCCGAUGAGGGCACGGCCAACUACAUGGCUUGGGUCGCCGACCACGCUCGCGCCCGUGGCGCACCGUGGUGGAAGGCUUCGUCGACCGGCAAGCCCGCGUCGACGCACGGUGGCAUCCCCCACGACAUCUACGGCAUGACGUCGCUCUCGGUUCGCGGGUACACGACCGGCAUCUACCGCAAGCUGGGCCUCAAGGAGGAGGAGAUUACCAAGGUCCAGACUGGCGGUCCUGACGGUGAUCUUGGAUCGAACGAGAUCUUGCUUUCGAAGGACAAGACCAUCACUAUCAUCGACGGCUCUGGCACGCUGCACGACCCGCAUGGCAUCAACCGCGAGGAGCUCAUCCGCCUCGCCAAGGCUCGCAAGAUGGUCGUCAACUUUGACCGCUCGAAGCUCAGCAAGGACGGCUACCUCAUCCUCGUCGACGACCGCGACGUCACCCUUCCCAAUGGCGAUGUCGUCGCGGACGGAACCGACUUCCGCAACACCGCCCACCUUCACUACAAGGCUGACAUUCUCGUCCCGUGCGGUGGUCGCCCCGAGUCGGUCAACGUCAACAACGUCUCGAAGCUGUGGGAUGCCGACGGCGUCACCAACUUCAAGUACAUCGUCGAGGGUGCCAACUUGUUCAUCACCCAGGGCGCGCGUCUCCAGCUCGAGAAGAAGGGCGUCGUUCUCUUCCGCGACGCAAGCGCGAACAAGGGCGGUGUCACGUCGUCGAGUCUCGAGGUUCUCUCCGGCAUGGCGCUCGAUGAUGCCCAGUUCAUCGACCUCAUGACCUCGGCUGGCAAAGACCGCCUUCCCGAGUUCUACCAGCAGUACGCGCGCUCGAUCCAAGAGACCAUCUUCAAGAACGCCACUGCCGAGUUCGAGACGAUCUGGGCUGCCCACGAGAAGACUGGUCGCCCCUUCACGCUUCUCUCGGACGACCUGUCUCGCAAGCUUGUUCAGCUUCAGGCGGAGAUGGAGGAGUCGACUCUCUACGACGACCAGCAGAUGAGGCGCGCCGUCAUGGAGCGCGCGCUGCCCAAGCUCCUCAUCGACACUGCCGGCCUCGACAAGAUCCUCGCCCGUCUUCCCGAAGCCUACAAGCACUCGGUCUUUUCGUGCUACGUCGCCUCGCACUUUGUCUACACGUACGGCAUCGACGCAAGCCCCAUCGACUUCUACCGCUUCCUCCGCUCCCUCACCCAGGACGAAAACUAG